UAGACCCACUGUUUUCCAAAUCAGGCCAAAGCAUUUCUGUUUUCUGAGAGAUAAACCCUUAAGCCUCUGCUCUCUGCCCUCUGCGCUUCUAAUUUCUAAAUAUCCACUUAAUUACAAUCUCCCUCUCUCUCCUCGCUGUUUCUGUCCCUUUCCUCGUCUUCAAAUGCCUUCCUGAUCUGCGCUUUAAUCUCACAAUUUAGGUCACUCACACCCCAAUUCCUGUUUAACCCAUCAAUUUUCUUCGAUUCCUCACUCCUGCAUCUCAUUUGAUCUUAAUCCGAGUUGUGGGAUUUUGCAGGUUUCGGCCAUGGAAGCGGAGAGCAAUUUCUUCAAUGUGGGUCUACUCGUAGUGGCCACUUUGGUCCUCGCCAAGCUCAUCUCUGCACUUGUAAAUUCCAGAUCUGGAAAACGAGUUCCUCCCACUGUCAACGGGCUGCCCUUGGUUGGGGGAUUGCUCCGUUUUCUCAAGGGUCCGAUUGUGAUGCUGAGGGAGGAGUACCCCAAGCAAGGGAGUGUCUUCACCUUGAACUUAUUGCACAAGAAGAUCACCUUCUUGAUUGGCCCUGAGGUUUCUGCUCAUUUCUUCAAGGCGUCCGAGUCUGAUCUCAGCCAGCAGGAAGUUUACCAGUUUAAUGUCCCAACUUUCGGGCCCGGCGUCGUGUUCGAUGUCGAUUACUCCAUCCGCCAGGAGCAGUUCAGGUUCUUCACGGAGGCUCUCAGAGUCACAAAGUUGAAGGGCUAUGUGGAUCAGAUGGUCAAAGAAGCUGAGGACUACUUCUCCAAGUGGGGGGACAGUGGGGAGGUGGACCUUAAGGAUGAGUUGGAGCGUCUCAUCAUCUUAACAGCUAGUAGAUGCCUGUUGGGUAGAGAGGUCCGUGAUAAGCUUUUCACGGACGUUUCUGCAUUGUUUCAUGACCUCGACAAUGGGAUGCUCCCAAUCAGUGUCAUCUUCCCCUACCUGCCUAUCCCAGCUCAUCGACGCCGUGACCAAGCCCGCAAAAAGCUUGCAGAUAUCUUCGCGAAAAUUAUAGCUUCUCGGAAAUGCAGUGGAACAUCAGAGAAUGACAUGUUGCAAUGUUUUAUUGACUCAAAGUACAAAGAUGGUCGAUCGACGACAGAUUCUGAGGUCACUGGUUUGCUCAUAGCUGCUCUUUUUGCAGGUCAACACACUAGUUCCAUCACCUCUACUUGGACUGGGGCUUAUCUCCUACGCCACAAAGAGUACAUGUCUGCUGUUUUAGAGGAGCAGCAAAAGCUGAUGGAAAAGCAUGGUGAUAAGAUUGAUCACGAUAUCUUGUCUGAAAUGGACAACCUCUAUAAGUGCAUUAAAGAAGCUCUCAGACUCCACCCUCCACUGAUUAUGUUGAUGCGCAGUUCACAUACUGAUUUCAGUGUGACAACCAGAGAGGGGAAGGAAUACGAUAUUCCAAAGGGCCAUAUAAUUGCGACAUCGCCCGCUUUUGCUAACCGACUUUCUCAUGUCUACAAGGACCCAGACAGGUAUGAUCCAGACAGGUUUGGCCCUGGGAGAGAUGAAGAUAAGGUGGCAGGAGCGUUCUCAUACAUCUCAUUCGGAGGUGGCAGGCACGGGUGCCUUGGUGAACCCUUCGCUUACCUACAGAUAAAGGCAAUAUGGAGUCAAUUGCUAAGAAAUUUCGAACUGGAGCUAAUAUCUCCUUUCCCUGAAAUUGAUUGGAAUGCAAUGGUUGUGGGUGUCAAAGGCAAAGUUAUGGUCCGAUACAAGAGGAGGAAGCUUUCUGUUAGUUAAUUGGAAGAACAUUCAAGUGUUUGUAAGUCUUAACCAGUAUAAUUAUUAGCUGCAUCAACUUCAUUUAUUUACUUCAACCAUUUGUGCUUCCAGGAGGUUUCUAUUGUCGAGUUUUACCUCAGUUCCCAUUCAGUGUUUAAUCUAAUUAAUGUUAGUUUGUAAUAUCAUUAGUUUUGUUUCUGUUGGAACCCUUUGAAAUGGGUAUUUCUAUAUUUUCUAAGUUUAUCAGACCUCUACUUUUCUCCA